AUAUUACCUGUAUUUGGUUAUCCUCAUCGCACUUUUCGAUAAAAAAUUGGCGAUUGGAACAAAAUGUCCAAAGCCAGAGCUGAUUGCUCCAUGUCGAUGCUUGAUGAAGAGAGACGAACGCCAGGUUUGGUGUUCCCACAGCGACUUGCCCCAAGUAUUAUCUGGUCUCCGUUCUUUAAGCAAGCACCUGGCAUCGCCAAUCGACGAGUUGAUCUUGGAGAACAAUUAUCUACCAUCCCUCCCUGCGAGAACCUUCGACAACCUCAAAGUCCUGCGAAUAAUGUUGAGGCAGAACGGUUUGGAGAGGGUCUCCCCCGAUUGGCUCCACGGUCUCGAAGACCUCCUCAUGGAACUGUUCGUCGUAGAACCCAAACUGAGAUACCUCCCAGACGAUUCUCUGAGUCGCAUGAACGCUCUCGAGGCCAUCACCAUACAGACCAACGAUUUGAAGAGACUCCCCCAGAUUUCAUCUUUAAGAAAACUGAGAUACGUCCAAGUAGAAUCCGUGGCUUUAGCUGAGCUUUCUCCUAGAAAUUUCAAGGAUCUUCCGGCCUUGGAGAAGUUCCAAAUAAGCGGAAGUAAGAAGUUGAGACGGCUGGAAGCGGGGCUUUUCGAGAAUCUGCCGGUUUUGAAAUCCAUCAACAUGUCCCACUGUGGGGUAUUCUGGAUACAUCCUAGGGCGUUGGUGGAUCUUCCAGAAUUGAAAGAACUAUCCUUGAUACAUAACGAAAUAGUGGACGCUGGAAUGGUUGGGAGGGCGUGUAAGGAUCUACAUUCUCUCAGGGACCUUCACUUAGAUCACAAUCGUAUUGGGGUUUUAGCUAAAGGAUCAUUCGUAGAUCUCCCAUCCCUUCAGUACCUCCAUCUAUCGUACAACAACAUAUCGGAGAUACAACAGGGUGCAUUCCACAGGGUACCCAGAUUGAAGAAUCUCCAAUUGAACAACAACGUACUGACGAGGAUCCACCCUCAAAGCUUCAUACAGUCUUCAGAUAUUGCCCUCGAAGAGUUAUGGAUGAUCGACAACCACGUAUCCCACAUUUCUGAGCUAAGAUCUCUCCUUGACGCUUUACCUAGGUUGAUUUACUUAGACAUGAGUUCCAAUUUGCUGGAAACCAUACCAUUCGGCUUGCUGGGUGGACAUCCAACGUUAGAAGUUUUAAAAUUAAACGGCAACAAGCUGAGAUACAUCGAUAUGGAAUCAUUCAUGGCGAUGCCAGCGCUGAGAGAGUUGAGUCUGAGAAAUAACUUUCUAUCGAACAACAACCAAGGACCCCUGUGGAAUCUGCCGUCUCUCAAAGGUCUCGAUUUGUCCAGAAACAAGUUCAGAAGAAUCGAAACUAAGUUUCUAGCCAAUCUUCCAUCACUACGAAGGAUUGAUGUGAGUGACAAUGAGUUGGUUGCAGUCGAUCAAAAUGCGUUCACCGUCACCCCCCUGAUCGAAUACGUGAAUUUGUCCCAUAAUAACCUCCAGUUCAUCCACCCUGUUACCUUCAAAUACUCGGUGAAACUGUACGAAUUGGAUCUGAGUCAAAAUCGUUUGGAAGAAUUCAUGGUGGACCUCUCAGAAGGCCUUGAAUAUCUCCAUUUGAAACUCAACAAGCUUAGAGCCCUCCCCUCCCUGUCCAGAACCACCAAACUGUACUCCUUGAAGUACUUGGACCUUUCGUAUAAUCUCAUAGGGAAAUUGAAUCCCUUAAACCUAAAAAAACUGCCUUCCUUGAAGAAAUUCUACUUGGCGAACAAUUUCAUCCAACGUUUGGAAGGGGGAGUUCUAGAAGGAUUACCCAAAUUAGAACUACUCGAUUUGAAGGCUAAUAAAAUCGUAAGCCUCCACCAGGAUUCUCUCAGGAACCUCAACAACCUAAUAGAGUUGAAUCUAAGGAACAAUUUCAUCGAAACUUUAUUUACAGCGACGCUACAAAAAGCCUCCAAAUUGAGCAGACUCGACGUCAGUGGCAACAAGUUGGUGGAUUUCCUACAGGGUAAUUCAGGGUUCAAUUCGAACCUGAAACAUCUGAAUAUUUCCAACAAUUUCUUGAUCAAUAUGCCGGCCAACAUAUUCAGAAUGAAGAAGUUGAUGGUGCUGGAUUUGAGUCACAACAGAAUCAAGCAUCUACCGGUUGAGGCUUUCUCGAAGUUGGAGGAUCUGGUGGAUUUGAGGGUAUCCGACAAUUUCAUCAGGGAGCUUCGAUUGAGCACGUUUUCCAGACUCAGAAAUUUGAAAAUAGUGUAUCUGGACCGCAACGACAUCGAUAAGAUUGAAACUAAUACUUUCCAGUCUUUACCCAGCUUGGAGAUGAUUAAGUUGGAUAACAACAAACUGUCUUCUGUGCCAAGCUACACGUUCAACAACUUGACUAUGCUUCAAGUUGCGGAGUUACAAAGUAACAACCUAGAAAAUUUAGCCAGCGAUGCUUUCAAUUUAGUUCCCAAUCUCCUCUUCCUCAAUUUGAGUGGUAACAAUAUAAGAAGAGUGGAGGAAAGUGGACUGAGGAAUGUACCAUCGUUAGAAGUGUUGGAUUUGAGUGACAAUGCCAUAAGGAGAAUAGACUCCGACGGUCUUAAACACAUGAAGUGGUUGGUGGAAUUGAAACUGGACGAGAAUAGGAUAUGCGAAAUUGUUGGGGCACCCUUCAGCGAUAUGCCUAGAUUGAGAGUUAUUUCCUUGAGGAGAAAUAAAUUGAGGAAAGUUUCCGAGAAAGUGCUUGAUAAGAUAAGGACAAAUAUUGCAGUUUUCGAUGUCGAUGGAAAUCCCCUGUUCUGCGACUGCAACGUACUUUGGCUCAAAGUAUGGGCCGAAGAAUCCUCGACGAUGGGCCCCCAUUGUAGUGGUGGAAGUCUGGUUCGAGAACUGAAACUGUCGCCAUCUUACUGCAAGCAGAAACCGCCUAGGGACGUACCAAACGAUUGCGAAGAAACCUCCAAUCGUUUCUCCCAAGUCCCUUCGAAAUAUCCGAACCUUCGAAAUAUAUCGACCGAACACAAGACGAACGUCUUGGCUCCACUGCCUCAAGAAUCCGAGUAUUUUUACGACGAAUACGUGGACUACCCCUUCAACGAGUCCCUGUCGUUGGUUUCGAACGAGGAAGUGGGAGUCUUAGACCGAUUUCUCAGGUUGAACCACAGCUCCCUUAUGGAACACGAAGUUUCCUCCCAUGUUAUACCUGGUGAUACCCCCACCUUGUAUGCUGCCCCAUCGAAGAACAGAACCAAACCCGACAUACCGAAGGAAGUACCUCAUUCCCCAAGUAGCAGCGGCUUCACCUUCUUCGGUGUACCCCUUCCAAGCAUAAAUUUCGGCCAACUGUUAGGUGGCAAUAAAGACAACGCUGCCAAAUCCGAUCAUACGAUGAAAUCGUUGGUACCAGUGGCGGACAGGAAGGUUGCAAUCAUGAACGUUCCAGUUAUGAGGGCCACGACAGCGAGAAAUUUCUAUAGACUACCUCCGAGCACACCCUUCAUAGAAACAGGGGGUUUCAGACCGAUACUACCCGGGGAAGGAGGGUUCAGACCCAUUUUCGAGACUACAACUUUGGAAACAGAUGGACGAAGAACUGAAAUAACCACGAAAGUAUGGACGAGCACUGAGAAACCUGAAGAUGUAACUUGGACAAGGACAGGUACCCAAGAAAGGCCUAGGGAUUCCUCGAACUCAGCGUCAGCACAAGUGGUCCAGAAGACUUCUUCUACCACAGAUGCAUUUGAGCAGGAGAUCGCCACUUAUACAACUGAAAUGGAAUUGGUGACAGCUACUGAUAAACUAACAACAACAGUACGAAACGACGAGUUUGUAGUAGUGGCUGAAUCCCAUGGAAUAAAAGAAUCAUCUGGCAAAAACCACUCUGAAGAUAUAACACCUCAUAGAAACCUUAAUUCUUCGAAAAUCCUUGAUUUUGUUCCUCCUAAAGUCCCAAUAAUUUCGAACACUACUGAAUCUACGAAAACCACACAAAGUGAAGAAGAUGAAGAAGUAUAUGACGGUUUGGUAACAGAAAUAAAAGCUUCUUCUGGAGAGGAAAAACCAGAUUUGGAAACCGCAUCUCCAACUGAGUUUUCCAAACCCAAUAACACGAUGGUACAAACGAACGUAUCCAUAGAAAAAAAAUACCCAACACCAAUCACUCCAAAUGGAGGUUGGGACGCCAUAGCUUCCAAAACCAAAACCAGCGGAUUAACCUUGGAUAAAAUCGCAAAGGUGACAAAUGCAACGAGCAUCCCUCUACCCAAGUUACCGAUGCCCACACUCCUUAUACCUGGUGGUCUCCAGCCACAUUCGAGAUCUGCUGGAAGAUCUACCAUCGUGAAGGUACAAUCACCCUUUACGACGAGCGCUGCCCCUUUGGUCAAGGGACCAGAAGCGAAGGACGCGAGGGAAAUAGGGGAAACUGUUACUUUGGACCCGAAAAUUACAAAGUUGGACGAGGUGAGAGAAAGUUGGUACUUUGCGAAUUACAACAAGACCAUGUCGGAGCCAUAUCUUGGGGUUAGGGCUAAUGGGGCUGAGAAAAUUGUCGUUUCUGUUUCGACAGUAUUGGUCCUCGUUACUGGGAUCCUUUUAUUGUAAAGGAUUAUUUGAGGACGUGGAAAAUGGUAGGUCUGAAGAAAUUUCUGGGUAUGUACGAUAUCUCUAUGAAG